AGAGACAGAGAGGGGUUCUUGGCAUUUCUAUGAAGGCUUUGACACUCAACAGAGCAGGGCUAAGAGUUCUCCUUGGUUUUCUUGGAAUCCAACUUUCAGACUCCUGAAGAAUCAGUUUAAAAGAAGAUAACCAAGAAUCUCUAGAAGUUAAUCUAAAAUAAGGGAGGGUUUUUCUGCAAAAUUCUUGGAAAGAUGAAUGAUCUAAUGACAAAGUCGUUCUUAAAUUAUGUGGAACUGAAGAAACAUGCAGAGAAAGACUUAGAAGCCGAUCCUGAUAUGGAAAAAGGCCUAGGUCAACUCAACCCCACAGAUGAAAACAACCUCUCUCAGUUUUUUCAAGAAGUGGCAUCAAUCAAGAUCACGAUGGAAGAGAUUACCAGUCUCGUGCUUGAUCUUCAAACCCUUAAUGAAGAAACCAAGUCCACUCACAGCACCAAAGUUCUUCGAGGGUUAAGAGAUAGGAUGGAGUCAGACACGGUUUCCAUUCUUAGAAAAGCAAAGAUUGUCAAGGCAAGGCUUCAAUCACUCGAUAGAUCCAAUGUAACCUAUAGGAGAUUGUCAGAAGCGUAUCAAGAAGGGACAUAUGUUGAUCGAACCAGGAUGUCAAUAACCAAUGGUUUGAGGGUUAAGCUUAGGGAAAUGAUGAAUGAUUUUCAGGCCUUGAGGGAAAAGAUUGUAUCAGAUCAUAAAGAAGAUCUCAAGAGAAGAUACUACAAUGCCACCGGAGAGUUACCAAGUGAAGAUGUGCUUGAAAAGGUGGUUUCAGGUGGUGAAAAAGUUCAGUUAUUUUCAGAGAAAGUGGAAAUGGAUUUGAGAAGCAAGGAAAGGUAUGAGGCUGUGAUGGAUAUUCAGAGAAGUUUGCAAAGGCUGCAUCAGGUGUUCCUUGACAUGGCUGUUCUUGUUGAGGCACAAGGGGAAAAAAUGGAUGAUAUUGAAGAAAAUGUGGCCAAUGCAGGUAAUUUUAUCAGUGGUGGAACCAAUAACCUUUACUAUGCAAAUCAAAUGAAGAAGAAGAAGAAGGCAUGGGUAUAUUGGGUUUGGGGUGUUGGUUUGAUUAUACUUCUGGUUUGCAUCAUUUCCAUGCUAGUUUCUUGAGAAGCACAAGAGUAGGCAAUGUUUUGGGCACUUUAAAGUGGCUUGUAGCUGUUAAAGGGUUCUAGGUCUGUAAAUUCGUUCAUCCAAGUGACUUCUAAUCAAAUGUUUUUUCAACUAUUUUUCCUCAUUUUCAU